AUUCUACGCCGAAAAAACCAUCAUGACCGGUGAAUAAAAUGGCGCUUAGUACGCCCCAAUCGCGGGUUCCAUUCGGUCAAUUUUUUCUCUCCUUUUCACUUUUCAAGAGAGCUCCCAUUUUCUAGAACUCCGUCAAUUUUUCGAUUUGUAUUGCAUCGCAUCCCUUAACCCCUGGUCGUUGUGCAGGUCAAGUACCCAUGUACCUGUCACCACUUGUAAGGUCGUGUGCCCUCGUUGGGAAGAGCACGCGACCGUCGCAAAGGGUCCUCGGAUCUUUGCUCAUAGCACAUCAACAGGCUAGACGAAGCUCACAUUCGCCGAUGGGCACACCGCCCACAAAUCCGAGGAAGAAGGUCACUGUCGGUAGCCUGCGGGCGAUGCACAAAAGGGGUGAGCCAAUAACCAUGUUGACGGCCCACGACUUCCCUAGUGCUCAUGUCGCCGAUGCUGCCGGCAUGGACAUGAUCCUGGUUGGGGACAGUCUGGCCAUGGUCGCCUUGGGAAUGGAGGAUACCAACGAGGUCACGCUUGAGGAAAUGCUGCUUCACUGCAGGUCCGUCGCGCGCGCCACCAAAGCUGCCUUUACCAUUGGCGAUCUCCCCAUGGGAUCAUAUGAGAUAUCUCCUGCCCAAGCGCUGGAGACGGCAAUCCGGUUCAUUAAGGAGGGUCGCGUGCAGGGCGUCAAGUUGGAAGGAGGCAAGGAAAUGGCCCCCACCAUCGAGAGGAUCACAGCCGCCGGCAUACCCGUCCUGGGUCACGUAGGCUUGACCCCGCAGCGACAAAAUGCGCUCGGCGGCUUCCGCGUCCAGGGGAAGACGGUGGCUAGUGCGACUAAAGUGCUCGAGGAUGCUCUCGCCGUCCAGAAAGCGGGUUGCUUUGCUGUGGUGGUAGAAGCCGUCCCUGCCGAUGUUGCUGCUAUCAUCACUCGAAAGCUGUCCAUUCCGACAAUCGGCAUUGGCGCUGGUAAUGGUUGCGCCGGCCAAGUCCUCGUCCAGAUCGACAUGACGGGGAAUUUCCCGCCUGGUAGAUUCCUCCCCAAGUUCGUUAAGAAGUACGGCGAUGUCUGGUCAGAGAGCCUUAGGGCUAUCGAAACUUAUCGCGACGAAGUGAAAAGCAGGCAAUACCCCGGCCCUGAACACACAUAUCCCAUCUCGAAGGAGGAGCUGGAGGCGUUUACCGAAACCGUCAAAGACGUGUCAGCCUGAAUGUCAAAUCCUCGGGCUGCAAUCUGAGCCAUGUGCAUAUGGGCUAAGCGUUUCGUAUCUGAGCAGGCAGCGGCGCAGGAGGUAUCCUGAUAGCAUUUUAGCGAAUACCAUCAUGUUAGUCUUAU